CUGUUUCGCAACACUGACAGCUGUGGCGGGCGGGUAUUGCAUAACCUACCAUGCGUCUUAGCGGUAUACCUUUUUUAAGAUGUAUUGGCGAUAUCCCAUUUCCCUUCUAUUCACUUGUGUAUAGACAUGCUCUGGGUGUCUAUAUGAAUGUGGCAGAAAUCAGACGCUGCCGUGAUCCUUUGGCAUACUUUAAAUGUAUCAUCAUCACACUACUUAGAAGACGUACUAUGAAGAUACACCUUGAAAUCCUGUACAACAUUGUACAACUUCAGGCUUACCAGGCCAAGAAACCCAGCAGCAACAAAUGAUCAUGCUGCUCCCUCCAUACGACGAUGUGCUCUGAAUGACGAGGAAAUUUUUUAUCUUGCUCACCAACAAGUUGAACUGCUUUCAAACUUCAUUCCAAUAGAGAAAGACAAAGUAUUUUGGAUUGACAUAUAUGACAAUUCUUCUUCUCCCCCUUUGGCAGCAGAACAAGUAGUCAAUCGCGACAUUCUUGUGAUGCCUUUUGGAGCACGUUUUGAAGACCGUGGAAAGAACAAAUACAGGAAUAUAAUAGGUUUUAUGAUUAGAAAAG